AUGACUUGUAAUGCUAGAACAACGUGUUGUGAUGCUGCCGUAAAUACAGAACUCAAGACAUAUAUCGAUACUGCUGUCAAUACAGAGAUAAUAACUUAUGAUUCUGUAGGAGUUCAAACCGACCGUAUUGAUAUCAUUGCGCUAAUUUUAGAACAAAAGGAUUCUCUUGAUCUAGACCAUUUGAUUAAAGUCAUAAUGGAAAUACAACAACAAAGCAAAGCCAACGUUGAUGCUACUAACAUCGAUACAACAACAAUCACGACAAAAACCAUUACCACAUUCGAAGAUACUGAAAAUCUUGAAGAAACCAUGCCUGUAUCAUCAUCAUCACAAGAAGAAUAUAAUUUAACUGAUGAUAUUGUUAAUAAAGAAACUCAAACAAACACCAUCAUAUAUACUACCACCACUAGCAAAGAAAUCUACUCUGAAUUUUCAACAUUAUCACAGACUUCUUCUAACACUAAUGAUUUGAAAGAAGAGGAUAAGUUGGUUUUCGAUGAAAUUAAUAUUACUGAUGAAAUGAACAUAGAGAUCAAUGAUGGAACAAGCGAAUCUAUUACUGGCGAAAUAAGUACAGGAAUGAAUGAUGAAACUAUCACUGGUGAAAUAAUUAAUAACCCGAAUGAAGUUAUUAUUCCUGAUACAAAUAAUGAAAUAAUUAAUAAGCUGAAUGAAAUUAUUAUUCCUGAUACAAAUAUUGAAAUAAUUAAUGAGCCGAACGAAGUUAUUAUUCCUGAUACAAAUGAUGAAAUAAUUAAUACCCCAGAAGCUAUUAUUGUUGAUACAAAUAGUGAAAUACUUGAUAAAUCAAAUGAACUUAUUAUUGCUGAUACAGAUGAUGAGAUAAUUUAUAAAUCAAAUGAACUUAUUAUUGCUGAUACAGAUAAUGAAAUAAUUUAUAAAACAAGUGAAAUUAUUAUUGCCGAUACAAACAAUGAAAUAAUUGAUAAAUCAGAAGUUGUCAUUGCUGAUACAAAUAAUGGAAUAGUUGAUGAACUAGAAGUUAUUAUUGCUGACACAAAUAGUGGAAUACUUGAUGAAUUAGAAGUUGUCAUUGCUAAUACAAAUAGCGUAAUAAUUGAUAAAUCAAAUGAACUUAUUAUUACUGAUACAAAUAAUGAAGUAAUUGAUAAAUCAAAUGAAGUUAUUAUGGCUGACACAAACAGUGAAAUGGUUGAGAAGUCAAAUGAAGUUAUUAUUGAUGAUGUAAAUAGGGAAAUAAUUGAUAAACCAAGUGAAAUUAUUACGGAUGAUACAAAUAGUCAAAUAACUGAUAAGCCAAGUGAAAUUAUUAUUAAUGAUAUGGAUAGUAAAAUAAUUGAUAAACCAAGUGAAAUUAUUACAACUGAUACAAACAAUGAACUAAUUGAUGGACCAAGUAGCAUUAUUACUAAUGAUAUGAAUAAUGAAACGAUUGAUAAACCAAGUGGCUAUAUUGCUGAUGAAACGAGUAAUGAAAAGAUUUGUGAAACGAGUGACAAUAUUGCUGGUGAUACCCGUGCUGAAAUGAUUGAUAACUCGAUUGGUGAUUUAACUGAUAAUUGGGGUAGUAAUAAUUUUAGUGGUGUUGAACCUAGCUCGUUAACCGUUGUUACGAAUAACAACAUUGAAGGUUUAUCUAAUGUUACCGAAAAAAUAGAUGAAGGAUUUGAUGGCAAUCAAGCAUCACAUUCAAAUGACAUAAGUGAAGAAGGAUCGGGUUCGAAUUUAAUGAUGGGAAUUGAUGAAAGUGAGCCGAUGAUUAAAGAAGGACCAGGUUCAUCUUUGGCGAUGAAAGAUAAUGAAAUUGUCUCGACUGAUGAAAAUAUUGCCACAACUCCUCGAUCGAAUAAGUCAUCAUCUCAAAGUAAUAGCAAUGAUGGAUGGGGUCCGGCUGAUAAAUUUGAUGACAAUAAUAGUUGGAAUUGGGAGUCCCAAUCAGCAGCUUAUGAGAAAGAAUUUGAAACAAAAAGUUAUAACAACUAUAAAGCUAGUGACGAUGUUAAUGCAAGUGAUGAUUGGAAAAAGAAAGCUGCGGAAUUUGAAGCAGAAUUACGAGGAACCGAUUAUUACAACAAUAAAAAUAAUAGUAAUUAUGUAGAAUCCAAUCACUAUCAUCAUAAAUCUAAUAACAACUACAACCAACAUAAAAAUUCUAAUUAUUAUAACAACGACUAUAGAAAUCAAUUUCAAAGAGGUGAAUCUAGCAAAAAUGCAAACAACAAUAAUAGAGAUGGUAAUAAUGUCAGAAGAAACAAUAAUCGAGAAUCAUACAGUGUUAAUCGUGGUCGUAGUUACAAUCAUAAUGGUAAUUUAAACGGAAGCCCUAAAUUUACUAAACCAACUACAGAACGUGUUAGUGUUGGUAGUAACACUAGUGAAGAGGAAUCUGGUAGCAAUGCAAAUUACAGUCGUGUAAACACUUUUUAUGAUUCUGCCGAUUCCAAAUCUAAAUCAAGUGAACAAGAUAACGAUUCUAAAUCAAAUAUUUGCAGAAAUUGUGUUUCUAUUAAAGAGGCAUGGGACAAAACAGAAAUUUAA